AUGAUUGCUAGUACAUUAACACGUAAUUCAGUUAAUCCUGUAUGGCUUAAUGCAAAUACAACAUUAACUAAUUAUCAUCAAUCAUAUUCAACAAUUCAAAAAGAAGUUGCAACACAAACAUAUGGAAUUUAUUAUCCAAGUGCAAAAGAUAUUGAUUUAAUUAUAACACAAAAUAAAAAAUUAUUAAAUGAAAAAGAAUUAAAAGAAUAUCGUCCAAUAUUACCAUCUACAAGUCCAGGAAAAGGAUAUUGGCGACAACAAUUAGAUCAUAUUUGUGAACCACGUAUGGGUAAUAUGAUUCAUGCAACUGUACAUGAAAAUGAAUAUCAAGUAACUAUACAAACAGUAUUUCGUAAACCAGAAAAUCUUUCACAAUCACCAUUUUUUAUUAAUGAAACAAAUGAAUAUUAUCCAAUAGAUAAUGAACGAAGUUCACCAUAUUCAAAUACAAUUUAUUCUGAUAAAGUUCAACGUUUAAUAAAAGAAAAAGCUGAUGUUAAUAUUAAAAAUAAAGAAGGUUAUACGAUUCUACAAUUGGCUAUACGUAAUGGAUAUUAUGAAUGUUUAGAAACACUUAUUAUAGAUGGAAAAGCUAAAUUAGAUAAAAAAGGACCACGAGGUAAUACAGCAUUACAUGAAUGUUGUUUAUUAGGACUUGAUGGUGCUGAACCAUUAAGAAUUCUUCUCAAACAUGGAGGUGAUGCAUCUUGGUUAAAUGAUAAAAAUGAAAGUGUUAUUGAUAUAGCAGCAAAACAAAAUUGUCCAGAAUUAUUACAAGCUUUUUCUAAAUAUCAAAGUGAAAAAUGCUUAAACAACAUAUGA